UAUAUCGUAUGGUAAUUCUUUUUUUUUUAAUUGUUAAUUUUUGAGGACCUGCCAUGUUGUUUUCCACUGUGGCUGCAUCACUUUACGUUCCCACCAACAGCACACAAGAGUUCCAAUUUCUCCACAUCCUCCACAACGCUUUUAUUCUUCAUUCCUUUUUUCAAGGAUGAGAAAUAUUCUAACAUAUGCAUAUACCACAUUUAAAAAAACCCAUUCAUCAGCUGAUGAACAUCUGGGUCGUUUCCCCUCUUUGGCCUGUUGUGAACAACGCUGCGGCUAUGAGCACUGAUGUACAGGUAUCUGAGUUUCGGCUUUCAAUGUUUUUGGAAGUGGAAUUGCUGGAUCAUAAGAUAAUUUUAUAUUUAAGUUCUUGAGAAAUUUGUAGACUUUUGGAGAUCUGUGCUGUGUAAGUUGGCUCUGGUCAUCCUGGCCUUUUUGAACAGAUAUCCCUGGGUGGGUGGGGGCCCUCCUCUCUCUCUGGCAUCCACAGCGCUGCCCUCCCCCCACUUCCUUGCGUUCCGGAAAGCAGUUCUCCAAGCCUCUAACACAGAGGUCAAGCGGCUGAAACGAAGCUGACCCCCGCGUCCAGUUGGGUUUGUCCGAGGCGGCCGUUCCGGAGCCUGAGCCCAGGGAACGUGCGCUCCCUCCGGCGUGUCCUCGCCUCGAGCUGCCGCCUCUGCGUCCCCGACAUUCCGGCCCGGGGGCGACUCCCGGGUUCCCAGCCGCGCGCCUGCUUGGGCGACCCGACGUGCCGCCGCCUGGAGCCCUGACCGCCGAGCACGCCUCCCGGAGCCGGCCACCCCGGCCUCAGGCGCCCCGCGGCCACCGGGGCGGGGACAGCGAGUGCGGGGCGGGGGCUGGUGGGUGGCCACGCCGAGGAGCCGCGGUCCUCCGAUCUGCGGCGACAAGAGCGCAACUCCUGCCGAGCCCAGCCGGGAAAGCCCCGAGCAGAGGAGGGAGAGAGGGGACCUGUGCUCUUCCUGCCGGCCUCAGGGAGCAGCGGCUCAGGUCCCCGGACCCGGAAAAAAGAGCUCAGGACCUCGUCCGCCCGGCGCCGGGAUGCCGCAGGCUUAGGAUGGAGCUUGGGUACUGGACGCCAAGGAUGCUUGCAGGGACAUUCUGACUCAUUAAGGGAAAGCUGAGUAUCAGUAGAAAGGGGAGACCUCUGCCUACCAACAUCUCCCCAGAGGAAUUCGCAGGAGUGCUGCUCAAAGCUUCACCGGGCCAGAUGGAGGUCACCAUGGGGGUCAUGGAUGAGAAUGCCAGCAACACCUCAACCAACUAUUUUUCACUGCUUGACCCCCACGGAGCCCAGACUGCUUCCUUCCCAUUCAACUUCAGCUAUGGUGACUAUGAUAUGCCCUUGGAUGAAGAUGAGGAUGUGACCAAUUCCCGGACCUUCUUUGCUGCCAAAAUUGUCAUUGGCCUGGCGCUGGUGGGCAUCAUGCUUGUCUGUGGUAUCGGCAACUUCAUCUUCAUCGCUGCCCUGGCCCGCUACAAGAAGCUGCGCAACCUCACCAAUCUGCUCAUCGCCAACCUGGCCAUCUCUGAUUUCCUGGUGGCCAUCGUCUGCUGCCCCUUCGAGAUGGACUACUAUGUGGUGCGCCAGCUCUCCUGGGAGCACGGCCACGUGCUGUGCGCCUCUGUCAACUACCUGCGCACUGUCUCUCUCUACGUCUCCACCAACGCCCUUCUGGCCAUCGCCAUCGACAGAUAUCUGGCCAUUGUGCACCCGCUGAGACCCCGGAUGAAGUAUCAAACGGCCACCGGCUUGAUUGCCUUAGUGUGGAUGGUGUCCAUCCUCAUUGCUAUACCGUCUGCCUACUUCACCACUGAAACGGUCCUCAUCAUUGUCAAGAGCCAGGAGAAGAUCUUCUGCGGCCAGAUCUGGCCAGUGGACCAGCAGAUCUACUACAAGUCCUACUUCCUCUUCAUCUUCGGCAUUGAGUUCGUGGGCCCUGUUCUCACCAUGACCCUGUGCUAUGCCAGGAUCUCCCGGGAACUCUGGUUCAAGGCCGUCCCUGGUUUCCAGACGGAGCAGAUCCGGAAGCGGCUGCGAUGCCGCCGGAAGACGGUCCUGGUGCUCAUGUGCAUCCUCACCGCCUACGUGCUGUGCUGGGCGCCCUUCUACGGCUUUACUAUCGUGCGCGACUUCUUCCCCGCUGUGUUUGUGAAGGAGAAGCACUACCUCACGGCCUUCUAUGUGGUCGAGUGCAUCGCCAUGAGCAACAGCAUGAUCAACACCGUAUGCUUCGUGACCGUCAAGAACAACACCGUCAAGUACUUCAAGAAGAUCAUGCAGCUUCACUGGAAGGCGUCUUACAAUGGGAGUAAGUCCAGCGGGGACCUUGACCUCAAAACCAUGGGGGUGCCUGCCACGGAGGAAGUGGACUGCAUCAGAUUGAAAUAACCCCAGAAGAGCACCUUUGGGACCCUAAGCAGUUGCUUAGGUACACGCUAUCAACCAAGAAUUCUUGGUGUGCUGCACAGGGCAAAGGAAACAGACAAGUGUGUCAACACUGUAUUCAGGGAGCUCGGAAUCUCUAAAACUGGUGUGACUAGACACCAUCACCCGUGACCCGCAUUCAUUGAACAUCUAAUUUGUGCAAAGAGUAGGCACUGGUGAAACCUAUAUAUGUUGACGAUUUUUAAUUUGCAAAAAGAAGUAGGGAUUAAACCAAGAAAAACAUUGGGAGAUGGCCUGAAAUAAUGGGGCCUCCAUAAGGGAAUCUAAGUAGGCAUCUGACUGUGGUACAUGUGUUUGUAGGGUGGGGGUCUCUCUGGACCAACUAAGCUACUCAUCAGACACUGAUGUAGUGCAUCUCUGGGAUUGUGCUUAGGCUUGAGUUCACUCCUGACAUUUGCAGGGCUGGGGCAAGAAUACAAAGCAGGCUUCUGGCUCUUUCUGCAACUUUCUCUUUUCACCUCUAGUCCUGAUUUUCACCCUGGGCACCCGGGAAGGAAAGGAACAUACAAAUGAAUGUGGGGGGAGGGGGAACCCAACAAUGAGAUUCAGUGACUCUACAGGCUUGUGGAGGGCUUGUCCCUCUUUCUAAUCCACCUCCUUUGUUUGGGGUUUUGAAUUUUGAAUUUGGAAAUUUGGAAUCAGAAGAUCUGGUCCAGCCUUGGCUCUGUCACCUGUGUGGACCUGGGUAAAGCUUAUUGGUGGGGACAAAGAUGAUACCUGUGAUAGCUACCAAUGGGGUGAUUGUGAAGAGCCAAUGAGAUAAUAUAUGGGAAAACUCUUUCAAUGAUGCAAGUAAUCAAAAGAAUGGACUAACAGCUGUGUGUAGUGCCCUGGACAAGGAAUGACUUGUCACCUUAGCUUAUGUAUCUAGAAACCUCACCAUCUCCCCUUUUCAUUAUUCUUUGUGUGAAUAUUCCCUUACCCUUCUUAGCAGUGCUACGUAUGCAUUAUGUUCUUAAUAACAUGUUGGUACAACAAGGUAGUGAAAUUUGGUGGCAGAGCUGUAAAAGGUGAUUGUGGACUGGUCUCCAGUCAGAAGAUGAUCUCAGGGUUUUAGAAA